AAAGCAAACUAGCAUUAUCCGUCAACUCUAAGAACCCCAAAUUCCAAGAAGAAUGUGUGAUAAAAAUUCCAAAGCAAAACCAACCCUAAUUCCUUGAAUAAAAAGAAGAGGAAAUUAGUAAAAUUGAUGAAAACCCAAUAACCCCAAGUGCUUAAUAAGCAGCAAAAGUCCGAGUUCUACAUAAAAUCCCAGACAUUGUACCUCGUCUCUUCCCACCUAUACCUUCCGUUGCCUGUCUUUCUUUCUCUUCCUUCAAAUUGUCCUAUUUUCCACUCAUCCAAACAGAUCACAACAUACAUAUAAAUAUUAUGUAUAUAUAAAUAAAAAUAAUUGAUUGGACUUUUGGUCCUCAAUCUUCUUCUCCUUUCUCAUUCUCAUUCUUACUCCAAAAAUUAUUUCUUUCCUUUUGAUUCCUCUCUCCAAUGCAAACCCUUGAUCCUCUACAUGUAAUCCCACAUUAGCUUCCCUAAACCCUCUCGAUCUCUCCAACCAUGUCCCUCGAACAACCCUUCUCAUCACCGAUCCCCCUAAACGAAGCCCCUGACUCCGCCACUGUUACAAACCACGCCUCUGCCCCUCUUGACGAGGAGUCCCCACCACCGGUGCCGGCUCCGGCGCCUCCUACCAACAGGAGCAAUCGACCGUCCCGCGCUUGUACUAUUCGAGCCGCCGAGAGGCUUCAGGCUGCCCAGCAGCAGGCUGCGAUCGAGCGGAAGCAGAAACCGAAGAAGGAGCAUCAACAACAGCAGCGAUGCGAUGAGUCGCCGCAGCAGAAAGAGCAAUGCAGCGCCAGCAGUAAGAUCAUUACGUUGCUGGUUGGGCCGCCUGAGCCAGCUCAGUUGCCGAGGUGGAGCCUCCGCUCCAUGUGGGAAUUAGCUUCUAUACUUAAUUUCUUGCAUGUAUUUAGGCCUCUAUUGAAUAUACAGGUUGAGUUCUCAGCCGAGGAGUUUGAGACAGCUUUAAUUACACCAAAUGACACUUUGGGUGAUAUUCAUAUGCCCUUACUAAAGGCAAUCCCUCCUAUUACCCGAAUGGCCCUUACACGGGAUACUUGGAUUACUGUUUUGUGUAGAAAAUUAAGAGACUGGUGGCACUGGGUUGCAGAUGGGGAACUUCCCAUAGUUGCUUCACAUGGGGUUGAGAUUGAAAUGUAUAAAACUCUUGAUCCUGGGAUGCGUGUGGUGAUCUUGAAAGCGUUAUGUGACAUUCGUGUUGAGCAAGAAGAUAUUCGGAAUUAUAUAGACAACUCCAUUAAACAUGGUAUUCAACUUUCUGUAUUUCGUAAAGAACGCGUCGGGGGUGAUUCGCAAGGAAUUAAUUACUGGUAUGAAGAUGAUCCAAUAAUUGGUCAUCGGUUAUACCGGGAAAUAAGAAAAGUUGAGGUGAAGAAGGGAAAGGCAAAAGGUUCUCAGGUCCUUCCCAAUGCCACAUACCAGUGGGAAACAGUUGCAACUAAUUUUGAUGAAUUUCAAGAUGUCUCUGAGAAGCUUUUUGCAAGUAAAAAUAGAACAGAGGCCUCAUUAGGGAAGAAGCUAAAGAACGACAUGCUUCCUGAGAUUGAGAAGGUUCAUAAGAGGAAAGAAAGGUUGCUGAAAAAGCAACAUAGACAGGCUCUACUUCUUGAUAACUUUUUGAGUGUGGAUGGACUCUCACCAGGACGCUCGCUUCGUGACAGAAAACCUGUUACUUACACUUUUGAUGAUUAUGACCGGUCAAUCAGUGAGGCUAUUAAAAUAACCAAGCGGAAACCACCAUCCCCAGAGCCUAUUUACAGAAGAGAAGUUAUUAUCAAACCUGAAGCUUCAACAAAUGGUAAAUGGACUGGUCCUUCACAUUCCUCUGAACAAGGCAGUUUCUGUUUGACAACCCCCAAUUCACCCGGUUAUGAUGACAUUGAUGAAGGGGAUAAACCUGAAUUAUUGGACCGAAGCAAUAGGCGAAGGCAGAGGCCUCAACGGUAUUCAGCAAAAGAGUUUGUUGAAGCAGUCUCAGAUAAUGACGCAGACUUUGACAGUGAUGAUGACAUAGUUGGAGAAGCCGUAUAUGAUGAGGAAUACUUGAAGAGACGUAAACAGAGGAAGCUGUCAAGCAGCUCUGAAGGGGAUGAGGAGUAUCGGUGGGAUGAAGAAAAUGGUGAAGAUGAGGAAGAAGAGGAAGAGGAAGAGGAUUCGUUAAGUAUCAGUGAGGAUAGUGAUGAGCCCCAAAAAUUUAAGAAAAUGCCAGGCCGAACACGGAGGGAAACUAAAUUAAGGUCUGUCGAUGAGCUUCAAUCAGGUUUGAGACGCAGCAGAAGGGCUACCAGAAACCGGAUUAAUUAUCGGCAAUAUGAGCUGUCAGAAUCAGAAACAGAGUCAAUGAAGCCUGAAAAAUCAAAUGCAUCAGAUGAUCACUCAGAUGCUAGUGAGAAAGAGUAUUCAGCUGGAAGUCAAGAUUCUGAUGAGAAUGAGGAUGAAGAGCAAGAUAUGAAAGUUGAUCAGCCUGUUGAAGGUUACACCCAGACUGCAGAGAAACAGCAAAAUCAGCCACCAGAGAAAUCAAAUAGCCCUGGCGAAGAUGAAGUUGAGGGUGUAAGAAAGCGGCGUUUCCUCGAUCUAAAUGAACUUGCUCCAGGCUCUGGUUUUGAUGAUGGUCCAAACACAAUAAUGAAAGAUGAAGAUAGAGGCAAUUUUUAAGUUUCCCUCCCUGCUAGAGAACAAGGUUUGUUGUUUUUUCUCAGGGAAAGCUUAAUGUACGAUAGUAAAAAAACAAUAUUAUAUAAAUUUUGUGAUAAGCCUGUGGAGGAAAUUCUGGUCAAAGUUCUUCCAUGGUGAAGUUAAGAAACAGCCUGAUGAAAUUCAUUCAGGAUUUGCAGCAGUGAGUGACUUGAUACUGAGAGUUAUGUAGAUUAGGUAGUCAUUUUUUAGCAUGUCUACAUUCAUAGAAAACCUACAAUGGGUGAAUGAGAAUUCGUUGGGAGUUCCUUAUCUUAUCCAAUUAAUGUACAAUAACCUUAACUGAUAUUGUAACCGAAAAAUUUGGGCAUUAGAUGUUCAAGCCCUGUAGUUUAAUCCACCAUGAUUACAAAAAACGAUGUGCCCAUUGAUCAUUUGGUUUUGGCUUUGUUUGCGGAUAAAAUGAUUGGAUCUGAAAUCUUUUUUAUGUAAUGGUCUAUCCUCCCUUAAGGGGUAGCUAAUGUUUCACUUAUCGGUUGAUCAUUUUUCCUACAUUGUAAUUGCUACCAUUCUUGGUUUGUAAUGCUGACAUUUUUAUGAUGCGAGCUGUGCAAUGGACGAAAGUGAUUGUGCUGUU